UAUUUCAAUUCCUAUAUAACUCUUAUGUAUCAGAAUAUGAAUUUUUUGUUGUUGUUUCUUCGUAAACAAUCUUCUUGCUUACCAUUAGCAUCUUCUGGAACUUUUCUGGAACGAAUCCACUUUUAUAGGAAGAUGGAACAUUUUGGGAUAAUGUACCCUGGUUUUUCUCGGAAAACCCUAUGGUUCUUUAUGGAUCCUCUUAUGCAUUAUGUUCGAUAUCAAGGAAAGGCAAUUCUUGCAUCAAAAGGCACUUUUUUUGAAGAAGAAAUGGAAAUGCUACCUUAUCAAUUUCUGGCAAUAUUAUUUCUGUUUUUGGACUCAGCCGCGAAGAAUCCAUAUAAACCAAUUAGCAAACUCUUGCUUCGAUUUUAUGGCGUACCUUUCAAGUGUACAAACAAGUUCUUUGUUAGUAAGGAAUCAAAUGCUAGAGAAUUCAUUUCUAAUAGAUACUCGAAUGAAAAAAUUCGAUACCAUAGUCCCCGCUACUCUCCUCAUAGGAUACUUAUCAAAAGCUCAAUUUUGUACUGGAUCAGGGCAUCCUAUUAGUAAACCCAUUUGGACAGAUUUAUCAGAUUGGGAUAUUCUUGAUCGAUUUGGUCGGAUAUGUAGAAAUCUUUUUCAUUAUCAUAGUGGAUCUUCAAAAAAACGGACUUUGUAUCGACUAAAGUAUAUACUUCGACUUUCAUGUGCUAGAACUUUAGCUCGUAAACAUAAAAGCACGGUACAAACUUUUAUGCAACGAUUGGGUUCGGCAUUUUUAGAAGAUUUUUUUAUGGAAGAAGAGCAAGUUUUUUCUUUGAUGUUCACCAAAACAACUCUUUUUUCUUUCUGUGGAUCACACACUAAGCGUAUUUGGUAUUUGGAUAUUAUACGUAUCAAUGACCUGGUCAACCCUCUUAAUUAA